AUGGCUACUGAAUUAACUGUUCAAUCUGAAAGAGCUUUCCAAAAGCAACCACACAUUUUCACCAACCCAAAGGCUAAAGCCAACAAGAAAACCAAGAGAUGGUAUAAAGAUGUUGGUUUAGGUUUCAAAACCCCAAAAGCUGCCAUUGAAGGUUCUUACAUUGACAAAAAAUGUCCAUUUGCUGGUACUGUUUCCAUCAGAGGUAAAAUCUUGACCGGUACUGUUGUUUCCACCAAAAUGCACCGUACCAUCAUUAUCAGAAGAGAUUACUUGCAUUACGUUCCAAAAUAUAACAGAUACGAAAAAAGACACAAGAAUGUUGCUGCUCACGUCUCUCCAGCUUUCAGAGUUGAAGAAGGUGAUGUUGUCACCGUUGGUCAAUGUAGACCAAUUUCUAAAACUGUCAGAUUCAAUGUUUUGAAAGUUUCUGCUGGUGCUUCUAGAUCCAAGAAAUUCUCUAAAUUCUAA